GAUCAGUGAAGCUAUUGGUGUCCUUUUGUCUACUCGGGAUUUCCUUAAUCUACGUUGUGUGUCAAGGGCUAUGGAAUCACUCUUUACCAGCUCUGCCUUCUGACGAUCAAGAUUCGGCAUUAAUGGAGAGCGCGGGUUUUUUCGGACUACUAUUCAAAGCACUAAAGGAGAUGCUAACUGGAGACUUCUUUACCACUCUACCUGUAAACUCCCCCGCACUGGUUGGUUCAAGUCUGAAAUCAGGAUGUGGGGGGCAUUGCGAUGGCUCCGAGAUGCAUAUUUAGCCAGAUUCCCCGGGAAGAGAGGUUUGAGGCCACUGGACUUUCGCGGCCGGGUCCUUCAGCAUUACCACAAUGCUAGCUGGCGAAAUAUGCAUGUCGAGCGAAUUGAUAUCACACCGUUUCUCAGUGGGAUCGUUGUAUCAGUUCUUCGAGAUACUAUAGACGUGUGCAUUACCGGGAUGGAGUUCAUCUCUGACGACCAUCCCAGUCUCAUGCUUGGCUAUUCGACUCCGGGAGCAAAGCCUGCUACCAAGGAGACAUAGCGAAGUGGAAUUAAGUCGUGUCGUGAUUAUGAGUAUCCCGGAAUACAGGUUAUGGUCAAAGUCACUAGCUUGAGAGGGUUUAAUGUCCGACGUGGGCCAAAUGGAGUCUAUGGGAUUGAUAUCAUUCAAGAACCUGACGACCCCUAUUAUAUCGGGACUGCUCCUUGUUUUUAGCUAAUGAUGACCUGGGACAGGAUCGUAG